UGAGACAUUGAGUAAUUGCGGUUAGGUACAAAGUUUAAUUUUAAAACUUAAAUACUUAGACGCCUUCUGCGCCAGUGUGUGUAAAGGCCGAGUAGAGUGAGUUGCCAAAUUUUGUUGUGCUUUUUCACAACUUCAGUAAUCAUGAAACACAUCUUUGUUUUUACUCUUUUGUUCAUCAUCUCUGCAAUUUAUGCAGACGAGCUUCAUUGCAAGCUGCCUGAUGCUAAGGUGCCCACUGAAUGGAAGACGAUGGUGUCAGACUGCACGAGGAAAAUGAGAGACCAAGUGAACACUGAACUGCAAGCAGCCAUGACCUACUUGGCCAUGGGCUCCCAUUUUUUGCAAGACACCGUGAACCGACCUGGUUUUGCCAAAUUUUUCCUGGAAAGUGCCAGUGAAGAGAGACAGCAUGCCCUGAAACUCAUGGAGUACCUGCUCAUGAGAGGAGAGCUCACCACCCACAUUGAAUUCGAUAAGCUUAUUGACAAUCCGAGACCCUUGGCUACCUCCUGGUCCAAUGGUGUGGAUGCUCUGAAGGCUGCCCUAGACCUGGAGACCAAGGUCACUAGUAAGAUCAGAGAUAUCAUCACCACGUGUGAAGAGCCAUCCAACAAGUACAACGAUUACCACCUUGUUGACUGGCUGACUGCCGACUUCCUGGAUGAGCAGUACAAGGGCCAACGGGACCUGGCAGGCAAGAUCUCCACUCUCAGCAAGAUGAUGAGGGAACAUGGAGUCCUUGGAGAGUUCCUCUAUGACAAGACUUUGCUCUGAACAAUUAUUUGUACAUAAUAUUUUCAGCAAUCCCAUGUCCUAUUUUGUAUGACAUAUGUAGGCUCUAGUAAGUAAUUAAUCAUUUCCAUGUCAUUUUUAUAAAAGUGAAGUUAAACAUGAUAUUUUUAUAUAGUGUAAAUAUAUCUUAAGCACAAACAGUGUUAGAAUAAUAAAUACUUUUUCUUCACUAUAUAACCUUUUGUUGUAAGUCUUGUAAAAAUUUAGUACAUAAUAAAAUAUUUUAAAUA